AUGAGGUUGGCACGCUUGCAGCCUUUCAGGUGUGCACAAUCGAGGCCAUCGCGGCCCUUAUUGCGGCCGUCGUGGAUAUGCGCCAGCUGCCGGCCCAAUGGCCCGUUGUCGCGCCGCUGGAAUAGCUCUGCGCAAACCAAGGAGAAGCCCUUUUACGUCACAACGCCAAUAUUCUACGUCAAUGCGGCCCCUCACAUUGGUCACUUGUACUGCACCGUCCUAGCCGACGUGUUGAAGCGAUGGCAGCAGAUAAAUGGCAAGGAGGCAUACUUGUGCACCGGAACCGACGAGCAUGGCAUGAAGAUUCAGCGCGCGGCCGCUAAAGAGAGCAUGGAUCCUAAAUCGUUUUGCGACCUCAAUUCAGACAAAUUCCGCAGCUUGACCCACGACGCCGACAUCUCCAACGACUUCUUCGUCCGCACGACCGACCCCGACCACAAGGACGCCGUCUCGCAGUUCUGGCUGCAGCUCAAGAACUCGCUGCCAAAGGACCUAGGUCUUUACAAGGGCACCCACGAGGGUUGGUACUGCGUCAGCGACGAGUGCUUCUAUCCCGAGGACUUGGUGCAGCCCAGCAUCGUGCCGCAGACGGGCAAGAAAAUCAUGAUCAAUGUCGAGUCGGAGAACGAGGUCGAAUGGGUCAAGGAAGAGACGUGGUUCUUUCCAUUGACCAAGUACAAGGAUGCGCUUCUCAAGUUCUAUGACGAGAACCCGGACUGGGUCAAGCCGGCAAACCGCAUGCAAGAGGUGCGCGAUUGGGUCGAAAACCACCUGGAGGAUCUAUCCGUUACCAGGCCCGUCUCGAGACUGAACUGGGGUAUUGCCGAUCCGGAGGAUCCCACACAAACAAUUUACGUUUGGGUCGAUGCCCUCAUCAACUACAUCACAAAGGCUGGCUAUGGUAGCCAGUGGCGCACACCGACGGACGACACGGGCAUCUGGCCCGCCGACCUGCACAUUAUUGGCAAGGAUAUCCUGCGCUUUCACGCCAUUUACUGGCCUGCGCUUCUACUUGCACUUGGCCUCCCGCCUGCCAAAGGUAUUUUGUGCCACAACCACUGGACCAUGUCUAAUCGUAAGAUGUCCAAGUCGCUUGGCAACGUUGUCAACCCCGUCUUUGCCCUCCAGCGCUGGGACGUUGAUCCCCUGCGCUACUUUCUCAUGCGCAACGGUAAUCUGACCAAAGAUAUGAGUUACUCUAAUGAUAUCAUUUCUGCCAUCUACGGAAAGGAGCUGCAAGCCAAUAUCGGUAAUCUCUUUUACAGAAUCGCCAAGCCAAAGGGCGCUGCAGGUUGGUCUACGCGGAAAGCGGUCGCGAGUAGCAAUAGCGGCGCUUUCAAGGAGCUUGACGAGUUCAGGCACAAAGCUGAGUAUGCUCAAUUCUUUUCGCUGGAAUCCACCCUUGGGCGGGCCUCGAAUGCCUUUUCAAAGGAAAUGGAGGACUACAACACCGGUGGUGCCAUUCGCGAAGCGUUCGAAUUAUUAAGAGACACAAAUCGAUACAUCACUGAUACCCAGCCGUGGGUUCUUGCCAAGCAAAAGGAGCCCCUCUCAAAGCUACUCUUGAACUGGACUAUCCAUCGCAGCGCUGAAGCCCUCCGCAUCGCCGCCAUUCUGUUGCAGCCCAUCAUGCCGAGUAAGAUGAAGCGUCUGCUUGACGAAAUGGGGGUGCGGCCGGACCGUCGCUCCGUGGCCUACGCUCAUCCCGACGCCGAUGACGCCUACGGCACUCGCAACCAAGGCAACUCCAACCACGACCGGGCCAACAAGCACCUGUUACUGUUCCCGCCUAUGGCCAGCGGCGACGUCUCAGAUGCAGAGGUAUUGCAGCAGCUCAAAGCAUACAUGGGGAAGAACAUGGCCAAGUCAAAGAUGAAUCAGAUGGUGGAGCUCCUGGCCAUGGAGGCGAGGAUGGGCGAGGCGCAAGUCGCCAAGCUGCUCGGCACUGAGUUCCCCGUGGAGCAGACGCCGCCGAGGCAUCCCAAUUGA